AUGGCUCUUUUGUCCUUUGGCAAGAAGAAAAAUGUGGCAAAACGAGGGGCAUGGAAGAGCUUCACUAAUAAGCUCAGAUCCAAAUUUAGAGACCUCGAGAUUGCUCCAUCGGUCAGAGAUUCGACUUCUCGUCUCCUCCGUGUCAUCUCUCGCCGUCUCAUUGCUCCUUUCCAAACAAGGUACCUUCAAAACACUAUCCCUAGAACCCAUUUAAACGAGUACUAUAGUCACAGUCAUAGCCGCCACGCCCAAAGACAAGGGUGUCAGUUCCUCAAAUUCUUCUCUCGUCCUUUUGCCAAAAGAAAGCGUCUUAGAAGGCAUAGUGAGAGCAAUGACUGGCGAAUCUGCCAGUACCAGAGCCAACGAUGGAGGCAGGGGGAGAUCAAGAGAGAGCAGAAAGUUUUGGGGCGAGAAAAGGAAAGAGAAGAAGAGGAGGGGACGGAUGAGAUUGUUGAUUCGAUAGAAGAUGCUUGGAGGAGAGUGGUGGCUACGUCGCCGCACCUUAGGGUGGACGAAAGAGCCGAUGAAUUCAUCUUUAAGUUUAAAGAGGAGAGGAGAAUGGAGAAAUAG